AUGGCGUCAAUUGAUCAGACUGAGCAUGCUACUCCAACAUCACCUCAGAAUGUCCCCAGAUCGGCUCAACCACAACCGGGCCUACACACUUCAUCUACACCCGUCGAGAUGUCAUCGUUACCUUCGAAUAAUAACCUGAGGGAAGCACAGUCGACAGCCGAGAGACAAACCGCCGAGUCGUUGGAACCAGGGAAAGUUCGAUCCGACCCGGUAGAUACAUCAAGGACAGGGCAGAACACACAAAUCUCUGGCUCAGCGCUUCCAUCAUCUCCAACCACGUCAGCUACCCCCACUCAGUUGACCCGCCUCAAGUCAACAGCAAUUGGGCCCUCGUCGGAUGAACCCAUACCCGUGCCGAAGGAUGUUGAGGAAACAGGACCAGUGUUGAUGAUCACGCUUUUAUUGAUCAAUGGUGCGCGACAUCCAUUUAAGCUCGAUGCAAAGUAUUUGAACAAACGAAAUGUGGAAGUGCAAGGCAAUGAUCCGUUCAAUCUAAGCGUUUAUAAAUUAAAGGAGCUCAUCUUGAGAGAAUGGCGAGAAGAAUGGGAAGCCAAACCGUCAAGUCCGGGUUCGAUAAGACUGAUAUCAUUUGGGAAGCUCCUUGAUGACAAGGCGCCUCUGAGAGACUCGAAGCUCAACCAUGACACACCCAACGUCGUGCACAUGACCGUCAAGCCCCAAGACAUGCUCGACGAAGAGGAAGCCGCAGCCAAAGGCGGCAAAAGCGGAAGCAGGCACGGUGAUGGCGACGAGAGAAGUCCAGGAUGUCGAUGCGUGAUUCUUUGA